AGUUUUAUCUACUUUUGAAUUUCGUUGAAUUUUGAUUCGAUCUCUUUAAUUAUCAAUAGGCUUAAUUAAAUUUUCUUUAGUGAAAUAUCAAUCCAAAAACUCUCAAAAUCAGUUUAAAGUAACAUUUUUGCGUAAAUUUGAUCUAUCAAGGAAGAUUGAAAAUUAUGAAUUAUGCUGUUCGACGACCAGUGUGAAUAAGCUAUUUCCAGCUUGGUUAGGAAACUUGGGUUCCAGAAACUGCUUCUGUUAGGCUGAAUCUUUUCGAUUUUUGUGUUGAUAUUGUCUAUUCAAGCUGCUAAAAUGAAUAUCGAUGAAUUACCUGAUGACUGCUUAUUGUGUAUUUUCAAUCAUUUCGAGGAAUUUCAAACUCUUCUGAAUGUCUCUGAAGUUUGUGAAAGAUGGAGAGGUUUGGUUCUUGAAAGACUACGCAAAGUUCAAUAUUUAACAGAUGAUGACGAGCUCCUAGGCCAUCCAACUGGAAAUGCCAUAGUCUUUGAAAACAAUGAACAACUUGAGGGAUUUAAACUAUCAAAAUGGUUUCCUAAUCUUAAGAUUCUAGAUGUUCACGAGGAUCUUGAUGUGAAUAUUGUCGCAAAUUUAAGAGUCAAAGGACUGAUAUUGAAAUUUUACGCACAUUUGGAAGUUUUGGAUAAUAUCACUUUUAAUAAUCCAUCACUUGAAAUGUUAUCGAUUUCACGCUUCUGUAGUUUUUUCGCCAACGAUAUCCAAGGACCAAUGCUGAAACAAUUAUGCAUAACCGACUGUAAUGUUACAGAUUUUGCAUUUCAUGCAGAAUAUUUUCCAAAUCUGGAGAGACUUCGUAUUGAUGCAAUCGCUUGCAACCAUGACGAUAUCUCAAUUACUCCUAGACCUGUUCUUAAAAAGCUAGAGAUAUUGGAAAUAUGCAACGACGAAGCUUAUCGGCGUGGUUCAUAUCGUGGGUUCAGACUUGCAGACUUUUGUCCAGCUUUGAAAAGUGCCUUUCAUUAUUUGCGAAAUAGGGGUACGAUUGGCAUUGAAAGUGAGACCGAAAAUCAUUUCUUAGAAGAUUUGGUUCUUGAGUUUGAGAAACGUCAGUUGUGGUCAGAUUUAAGAGAAAUUUUGAAAAAAUAUCCAAAUUUAAAACAUUUGGCUAUUAGAGGAGGCGAUGCAAUAUCUGAUGAAAAUAUUCCUGAACUUUUGGAGCUACUUCCUCGCUUAGUUCUUAUUGAUAUCAGAGAAUCGGAAAAAGUUACCGAAAAGUCAACUAAAUAUAUUGAUUGGUACUGUGAACAUCAUAAUCGUUCAAUUUCAUUCUAUUGCCAAGCUGACGAAACUGAAAUAACGAAGAAAUGGCCUCAUUUAUCCACCAAACGCGUUUCUAUUGGUCGAGGAUUUGAUUUCAUGAAAAACUGUUUCUUGAAGAAUCACUCAGAUUUACCUUAUUUACUGGAUCCUGUUGAAUAAAAACAAUCUAUUAUUAUAUUGACGGGAUAUUGAGUCACCAAAUAAAUUGUUUUUUGCGUUUCAGUAUUAGAUAGCGAGUGUUUUUUAAAAUAAUGAAU